CUUUAUCGUCACUGCCGCACCUGCGCAGCCAUCUUGUGUCUGGAACCAAACGGGAGCGGUGACCGGAAAAAAGAGAUAAUAAACCUUCGGGAAAAGAGCUAACUUUGAGUCGUGUAUCAAUCAAUCAAACGCAAGCAAAGUAUCACCCUUUCAGGGAAUACUAAGAAGCGAAGUGCACAGCAUUGUGUGCUUGCCGAGGAGCGCUGAGAGAACAGGAAGGAGGAGACGCGAAACCCGACCGUCAGGCAGACCAUGAAUCCUGAAUAUGACUACUUGUUCAAGUUGCUCUUGAUUGGUGAUUCUGGUGUGGGCAAAUCCUGCCUCUUGUUGCGAUUUGCUGAUGAUACUUACACAGAGAGUUACAUCAGCACUAUUGGAGUGGACUUCAAGAUCCGCACCAUUGAGCUGGAUGGCAAGACUAUAAAGCUGCAGAUUUGGGACACCGCAGGCCAGGAGAGGUUUCGCACCAUCACCUCAAGUUACUACCGAGGAGCUCACGGCAUCAUUGUGGUUUAUGAUGUCACAGACCAGGAGUCCUACAACAAUGUUAAGCAGUGGCUACAGGAGAUAGAUCGCUAUGCUAGUGAAAAUGUCAAUAAGCUCCUUGUAGGCAACAAAUGUGACCUCACAACCAAGAAAGUGGUGGACUACACAACAGCCAAGGAGUUUGCGGACUCGCUGGCCAUUCCCUUCUUGGAGACAAGCGCCAAGAAUGCUACCAACGUGGAGCAAGCUUUCAUGACCAUGGCGGCUGAGAUUAAAAAGCGCAUGGGACCUGGUGCCACUUCCGGCGGAGACAAACCCAAUCUUAAGAUCGAGAGCACCCCCGUGAGGCCGUCUGGGGGAGGCUGCUGCUAGGGGCCCUCUCCUUUCACUGGUCCUAACUCCGUCGCUUCCAUUCACCCUUCAGGGUGCCAUGAAGAAAGGCAGGGGCGGGGACUGAGUUAGGGGGUGGGACCACGAAAGAAAGGCAGGGAAGACAGUGACAGAGUGAGGGCACGCUCCUGACUGACAUUUUAUCUUGACCACAGGCCCUGAAGAUCAGAGGAUGGACUCGAUGUUGGUGGACCAUCUCUGGCCGUAACAAGUGUGCAUGAAAGAGGAUGUAAAAAUAAGAGCCGUAAGGAGUGGAGUGGUUGUUAGUAAAUUUAGUUUUUUUUCCCCCCAACUGAGACGCAGGUGGGGAGAGUUGGAGGUCUUACAGUAAUUGUCUUUGCCAGUGUCAGAAUCUCCUCUGGAAUAAGUCAUUCCAGCCCUGGCUCAGUGGUCUCGCCUCUUUCUUUGAUGCACCAGUAAAACACAGCUGUUCAUUUCCAGAGUGUGGGAGCUGCUCUCACAAUGUCAUGGUGUUUGAUCUUUCCAUGACUGGUCAUCUGCAGCUUUUGGCUUUCGCUGUGAAGCUCUCACUGUUUUUCUGACAGACUGACAGACUGACAGACUGACAGACUGACAGACUGACAGACUGACAGACAGACAGACAGACAGACAGACAGACAGACAGACAGACAGACAGGACUGAUGCUAGCCUAGAUGGCAUGAAUGGGAAGACACUGGGAAGAUCCUGUACAGGUAGCUGUAAGCAAAGAAAACAGAAUGGGGUUCUUAUCAUUUGUGUAUCAUGGCUUUUCUAUUUAAUUUUUUUUUAAUCUCGAUUGCUUGUGUAGACACAUGAUUACUGGUUUACUGUAGAAUGGGGGUUUGGUUCUUUCUGCCUUUCCUGUUGUAUUGUUUGGUACUUUGGGUGCCUGGUGAGACCUAUGGUGCUUGCUGGUACCUCACAAGGAACGGUUCUCAGCCAUCAGUCAGCGUAGUGCUCUGACGAGUGCUCACCUCAUAACCACGGCAUCCUCUGCUGCUCUUCUAUUUACAAAGGGCACUGAAAGGGGCUACUUUGUCUGUCCGAGGCACCGCUUUGCCCCCCUCGGUUAUCCAGGAUCAGCAGAGAACAUCAACAUACAAUGGAAUAUGUAAAAGCACCGCACGCUAGAUAAACAGAGAAAUGCAGAGCAGUCCUGGGCGCUCCAUGUGGAGAGCUGUUAGUCAGACAUCUGUAAGUCUCUCGAAACAAAAGGAUGGAGACACGUGAACUGUCUUUGUUGGCUUUUGGGUGACAUCUAUCAGGCCCAUUUGAUCAGCCUGACAAAUGAGAAAAGAUCAACAAAUGCCGAAUGGUCAAAGCACUGGGAUAUCCCACUUUUUUUGGUUUACCCUGUGGCUUUGCAGGUGGAAAAAAAAUGAUAUUCUGUUACAAGCCUGACUAUGGAAAAAUUAUGCUUUUUCUUGGUCACCUUUCACGUAAGCGGUGUGAGAAAUGUUGAAGAUUGGAGAAUCAGUUAGGCCUUUCCUUUGCCUCAACUGUGUGAUCUGCCAUGCUCUUUUGAAGAAGUGCGUAAAUACAAUGGCCAAUGUGCUGGCCUGUGCAAAGGUCUCUUAAUUGCUUUAUACUCAUUAGAUAGAUUUUCUGUGAAGGAGGAGCUGAAGUACUGAGCCACUAUGGAGGCCAGCCACGUGCUUCUGAUGGAGCAGGAAAUGUGAAAGGAGACGGACUGCAGAGUCUGCAGACAGAACGACACAGCAAAGUGGGCUGUGUCAGCGCAUAGUGACGUAGCAUUCUGGCUGUUCUCCAGUCUUAAUUUUCAUACGCUAUCUGCGACGUUUAGAUAAACAUACAAGAACAAACACCUGUGGAAUGUUUGCAUACCUGCCCCCUUUCUGACUACUGUUGAUAUUUCUUUCAAUAGAAAUCAUUUUAUUGUUUUCGGCGUUUGGAUGUGUGGAGGAUGGUAAUGUUACAAGAAGGGGCAGAGAGGUGCUGGCUGAGGGGGGCUUGGGGCGGGGGGGUGAUUAAUAUGAUUAUGAAAUGGAACCUUACUUUGUAAUCAGUAUUCCUUUUCAGAAAUAAAGCAAAAGGGGGAUUUUUUUCAUGUUGUUUGUAAGCGUCUCUGUUGCUCUACCUUGCCAAAAUAAACACACAUUUAAUACUGGGCACCAACCUGGUAGUUUCUGGCAUCUUCUCUGGCUGAUUGUAUGCGCUAUUCUCACUGCUGAGUUUCAAUAUGAUUGUUAUCUGUACAUAUUAUAAAUAUAUGAUAUCUAUAA